AUGAGUGUCCUGAAAGAGAUAGCGCUCGACGCAGCGGCCAUGGAGGAGGAGCCACGGCGGGCGGCGGUGCGCCUCGCGCGGACGUGCAGGGCAUGGUUUGUGCGCUUGUGGGGGCACUACCUCUUGCCGGAUAUCGUGCUACGGGGGGAAGACGCGCUCCGGCACUUUUGCUUCAGCAUCACCAAGAACGUGCUGGGACUGGGGAAGCUCGUGGCACGGCAUACGCACACGAUCAGCGUACUGCAGGAUACCAAAGGACGCGCCGCAGCACUCUUUGACGGCGUCACGCACACCAAGCUCUUUGGCACACAGACGGCGCCGCUCCUCCGCAUGGUCCUGCGCAGGUGCACGUCGCUCACUUCGCUCCGGAUCGAGUGCGAGCCACUCGCGCUCGACACGCGCGACGGCGCGGGGGGACUCGGAGAGGCACGUGCUUCGCUCCAGGAGCUCGUCUGCCUGCAGAGCCCGUGGGCGGGGGACGCGGUCGACGCCGUGUGGUACGCGGGCGAGCCGCCGGCGCCGUGGGACGCGCUCACGCACCUCCAGCUGUACGGGCCACGGUGCCGUUUGUCGGUACGCACGGCCGCAGCACUCGGCGCACUGCCGCGCCUCUCACAUCUCGCUCUGAUCAUGCCGAGCUUUGUAGACGCCCACGGAGGAAAGAGCCCCGCACCGGUACUCCAGGCGAUCGUCGACGCGUGCACACACCUCGAGCACAUCUUGCUCGUCGGCCACGACGAAGAACACUGGGUCGGCGCGACGCGCCAUUUGCGCCCGGCCGUCGCUGCGCUGCGUGUCGGAAGCGCGGGGCGUGUGCUGCGCAUCGCACUCGUUACUGCUACGGCACCGGCGCAGCCGUGGGAGCCGACGCACCGCGCGCAUCCAGGCGUGUACACCGACUGGAUGUUGGCACGUGCGCUCGACGGCCAGCACUGGAACUUUCACGGGGCAUGCGACGAUAUGGCGUACACGAUCGACGAGACUCUUGUUCCGUACGAGGCACGCAAUGUGCAUGCGGACGCCGACGCUCCGCCGACGCCCUCGCCGCGGUCGUCGCCGCCAACGCCCCCGCUGUUUUGGCACGAGGCACGCACGUCGCCCUCGCCGCCCUCGCCCGAAGUGUGGGGUAUCGACAACCUUGCCUAG